GAGGCCGGCUGGCCCAGCCUGGGGUGCACGUCCAUCCCAAACCCAAUAAACUGUGGCCGAAAGGACAGCAGCAGAGGGCUCAGAAGUGGCCACCAGCCUCUUGGCUCAGGGCACAAAGAAGAGGGCCAUGGCUGGGCCAGCACCCCCAAACCUGGUAUCAGCACAGUGUGUGCUUCCCCAAAGGAGCUGUGGCAUUCAAGGCAUUCAUGUGGAGGAGACAUGGGGCUCAGCAGUCGGGGUAGGGUGGCAGGGGCCCCAAGGUGGAUGGUAGCAGCGGAUCCAGCCCUGACCUGACCCAGAUCCCUCAUCUUACUGGUGCUGGGGCCUGGGCGGGUCAUUUCUCUCCAGGCCUCGGUUUGCUCCCUAGUGGGAUCGUUUGAACAUCAAAAAGAAUCAUGACUGCAGUGGACUGAAACGCAUCAAAUAUAUUUUCAAAAAUCAGUGAGAUUGCACUGGGCAAGUUUCCACGUAGAAAGGCAAGCUGGGGCAGACAACAGGCUGGGACCAAUAGGGACGCGGGGCCUGCAAAGGGGGCAGGGUCACUUUUGGUUCACUGAGAGGUGUGGAUCUGGGCUGGCCUGUUCUCCGUCCUCUCGGCACACACACAGCCACAAACCUCAGGGCACCAGCUCAUUCUGAUCCCUGUUAAAGGGAGGAACGGAACCUCUGAGCCUUCCCUCUGCAGGCCGCAUGCUAGGGUAACCACACAGAUGAUAAAGGCAUGUGCUUUAGAGCUUUUUCAAGAAGAACUGGAGCUCAUAAACGUGGAAAGAAGGAUAACAUUUGGAAAGUCACUACUUUGUAACUCCUAGUGAAGUAACAGAUGCAGGUCAUGCACUGGAUGCUGCAGCAAUGGCCUGGGAGACCCCCCGGAAUCUGGCAAUGGGAGAACUGGCGGAGAGCAGCUGCAGUCAUUAGCUGAUUGUGACGUCAAGAUGAGGGGGACAGCAGACAUCAGGCCCCUGGGAGUGAUGCAACAGGAAGCCAGUUUAGAGGAGAAACACUGAUAAAGGAGCAUGUUCAAUGCCAUGCGAGGAAUCCCAGCCAGCUCCAGUGCCUGGAAAAUUCCGUCAGAUAAACAACCCAGUUUCUCCAAUAAACAACAUGGGGGUGCGGGGCGUGAAUGGGUUUUGAGCUGUUCUAGAGCAAAAGGAGCCAAAAGCAAGUACAUCCUGAUUUGAACUAACCAACCGUAAAAAAGGCAUUUCAGAGACGACAGGAGAAAGCUAAACGUAGGCUGGGUAAUUUUUUAAAAAUCCUCCUCCGUCAGAUGCUGCACUGGAGUAUUUAUGGGUGAAGUGAUAUGCUCUGUGAUUUCCUUUAAAAUACUCCAAUCUCUUCCUCCACCCCAUACCCCAGCAAGAAAAAAAAAAAAAUGAGGCUUGGGAAAUUGAGGAAGGGAAGUGGUGCCAGCUCCCACUGCUCUGUGAGAGGUGAUUGUGAAGAAUUCAGGAAUUUUGUAAGCCGCUUGUCAAACCUUGCUUGAACUGAAACUGGCCAUGGCUGUUGAUGGAGAAGGGGGCGGAUGACAGCCGGGACCGUGGUCAUCACCGGGGGCAUCUUGGCGACUGUGAUUUUGCUCUGCAUCAUCGCUGUUCUGUGCUACUGCCGGCUCCAGUACUACUGCUGCAAGAAGGACGAGUCGGAGGAGGACGAGGAGGAACCAGACUUCGCCGUUCACUCGCACCUGCCCCCGCUGCACUCCAACCGCAACCUGGUGCUGACCAACGGGCCGGCGCUCUACCCCACCGCCUCCACCUCUUUCAGCCAGAAGUCCCCGCAGGCCCGCGCCCUCUGCCGCAGCUGCUCCCACUGCGAGCCCCCCACCUUCUUCCUGCAGGAGCCGCCGGAGGAGGAAGAGGACGUGCUGAACGGCGGGGAGCGCGUGCUCUACAAGAGCGUGAGCCAGGAGGACGUGGAGCUGCCCCCGGGGGGCUUCGGGGGCCUGCAGGCGCUCAACCCGAACCGCCUCUCAGCCAUGCGGGAGGCCUUCGCCAGGAGCCGCAGCAUCAGCACCGACGUGUGACCUGGGCCCGCCCCCAGGAUCCUGGCCUUGAAGGUCCUGAGACAAUGGGGGGAUUCCUGUGGCACGUCCACCUGGCCCCAGGCCCCAAGUGGGGCUUGGCUGAGCCCUCCUGGAAUCCCUGUCCUCAGGGGAGGCCCAGGCUUGGGGAGCCCCCAGGCUCGUGGCAGGGAUAAGGCUCAUUGAACAAAAAUGUGUCCUGGGGGGAGGCACAGCUGGGGCCUGGGGCUAGAAGGACCAGGUGACCAUACAGCCGGCUGGGCAUGCACCAGGGCUCUCAGGCAUAGAGGCCACUGUUACUCCUGAUGAUUCUGUCUCAGACCCAACAACCUGGCCUUCCCAGGAGGUCUCCAUGUGUCACCCCCUCCCUGGGUCUCACCCUUCUCACCUGCUCAAGGAAGGGAUGACCUCAGUGAGGCCCAGGGCCCUGCAGCAAGGCCCUCCCUGGCAAUUGCAGACCAAGGAUUCUGCUCCUCCACCUUGAACUCCGGCCUCUUUCUCUCCAUUUUUCCCUCUCUCUCCCCUACCCGUGUCUCCCUCUCUCUCCCCUACCCGUCUCUCCCUCUCUCUCACACACACACUCUUCCGGGUUCAAGUGCCAAGCGUCUGCCUAGGCUGAGACACGUGCUGAGCUCCCUGAAGAUGGACCGGCUGCCCCCUAGAAGGGAGACUUUCAGGGGCAUCAGGGCCCUUGGGAUGCUCCGCCCUGACCAGCUUUUUGGUAGCCGAGGGAGGCACGGGGAGAGGGAGAGGCCAUGUCGCAGUCCCCCUGCCGUGGGAGAGGCAACGCGGAAAUGUAUAGACCCAGUGCUCAGCCAGAAACAGGGCCAGCAAGCGGCAGUGCACGGAGGCAGCCCGGGGCUCGUCAGGGUGGGCAGAGCCAUGGCCCAGGGCUUGAAAACCCCCGAGUUCCCCGUGAGACUUGGCUGGCCCUUCCCACCCCUGGGCCUCAGUCUCCCCAUCUUGUGUGAUGAGGAGAGACCCUGAGGACAGAGGUCUUCAGGCUGUGGGUCUCAACAGGAACUGAGAUCCCCAAGGGAGAGAGAGCUGCAGGUCCCCUCCCCUACCUGCUUCUCAGCAGGACCUAGGAGGCCUGGCCCAGCUCCUGGUGGACCCCAAGCAGCCAGAGCCUACUGCUGCCAUCUGAAGACCUCAUCUGAGCCCACUCUCCACCAAGCGCCCACACAGGCCGAGGUCUCCUGGGAAUUCUCACCCGCUCUCCUGCUGCUAAGGAAAUGACGUCAAUGGCUACCCCAGAGAAAUGCCCCAGCUCCCAUGACACCAGCCAUCAGGAAGGCAGCUCUUCCUCACCCAGAAAGAGGCAAUUAUUUCCUCUCAGCAGCCUGGCCCCAGGAGCCCCCUUCCCUCUCUGGGGCUCUGCCUCUCCUUCUGGGCCCUGCCAUGGAGCCCCAGGGCCGGGGCAGCCCCUCUCUGCCCAGGGAAGGCACCGUCCUCAAAGACGAGGCUUGGCCGGGCAGUGGCCUUCCCUGAGCGGAGGGGUGGCUUGAGCAGGACACUUCUUGCCCUUACUCAAAAACGAAAUCGCCAGUUUCCAGAGGCAUCGGGGGAACGGCUGGCAAAGACACAAUCGUUAUGUUCUCAAUUGUUUUCCUCCUCUUACUUUCUCUCCUGCCUGGUUUGGACAGGCCAGUGGCAUUUGCCCUUGAGGUCCCUUGCAGCCCCGGCCCCCCGGGCCCGCCCACACCUCUGGCUUCCUCUGUGCAUCCUGUGAAGUCUGUUUCUGAUGCAUUGGCGUGGGGGGUGGGCUGGGUGGGGUGGGGAUGAGGGCCCGGUCCUCAUGAUUCCAUUUCCCAAUUCCUUUCUGGUCUCCAUCCUCUCUGUAGAUAUGUAGAUCUCUUUGAAACGAAGUAAGCACCCAUCCCUCCCAGCUCACUCGGCUCCACCGUGGGGACCUGCUAGGGGAGCCGCUGGCUCCCUGAGGAAAGUGAAAGCCAAUAAAACAUCUCCCACACUCUC